CACAACCAUCACUUCGCAGGCAAACAAGCCUUUACUGCCCGACAUUGUCUCCAUCCAGACUCCGCUGGAAAGGAGGUUGAAAUGACGGAUACAACCAUGGAAGAUGGGGGACAGUUUAUUUACCUUCAAAGAGGCUGUGUAAGUUAAGAGGGAAGCCGCUGCGUGUGUCUCCCUCUUCACUUUCACCGACCCCCUCCUACUCCGCUGGCAGAAAUUUAUAAAGAACAAAAAAUCCGACGAGGGAGGGGGGUUGAUAUACGCCGAGGCUGAAAUCGAGAGGCGAACCCAGGGAAAGAGGAGUAAUUUGUACACGGGACUUUCCCCCUCUUAGUCCCCCAAAAGGAGGGGGAAAAGUCGCAAUAUUGGAAACGAAAAGGAAUGAGCUUCUAAGGGCGUGAAAACGUCUGCAAUUGUGGAUACUUUAUAUAUUUUUAUUUCGAAAAAAUAUGGCCGAGAACGUUCUGGACUCUGGCCCGCCUUCAGCCAAGAGGCCUAAACUCUCGUCUCCGGCACUUUCCGCCUCCGCCAGCGAUGGAAAUGAUUUUGGCUCACUGUUUGACUUGGAGCAUGAUCUUCCUGACGAGCUUAUCAGCUCUAAUGAAUCAGGCCUGGUUAAUGGUGGGGACCUCAGCCAGUUGCACACUCUGGGAGGGGGACCUGCUGGGCUGGGUUCUGGUGGAGUGGCAGGAGGAAUGGGACUUGGCCUUGGCGGAGGCCAGGAUGCGGUGGCCAAGCACAAACAACUGUCAGAGCUUUUGCGUUCAGGUGCACCCACCUCGACCCAACAAGGGCACCAAGGAGUCAUGGGCAGCCCAGGAGGCCCCAGCGCUAUGGGGCAACACUUGGCGAACAUGAAGGCAUCGCCUGGCCAGGGUCCUCCGCAGAUGAUGGGCCAGGGGCAGCAGCAGCACCUCUCUCCUCAGCAGCAGGCCAACAUGAUGCAGCAGCAACAGAAUGCUGCAGCUGGAAUGAUGGGUGGCAUGAACAGGGCCAUGAUGGGAGCGCAGCAGAAAGGCAAUAAUGGACAGCAGCAGCCAGGCAUGAUUGGGAGCCAGGUGAUGAAUGGCUCCCCCAGGAUGAGCUUUGGGAAUCAGGGAAUGGGUGGCAACAGCAACCUGUUGGCUGAGACCCUACAGCAGCAGGGAGCUGGGGGCCAGGCUGGGAUGAGAGGCCAGCAACCGGGAGCAAUGAACAAGAUGGGGAUGAUGGGGAACCCGGGUGGCCCUUUUGGAGGUCCAUAUACAGGGCAGGGGAAUCAAGGUCUGGGAGGCGCAGGGCUGGGCCCUCAGCUCCAGAACAAAGGUCCUCUGGGCAACAGCCUGGCCCAGUUCAAUGUCGACAAGAAGAACCAGCCCAUGCAAGGAAUGGCCGCCAUGGGCUCCCAGCAAUCACAAACAGGUGUGGGCGGUCCCUCUGGCGCACCUGUGGGAGUAGCCCCAGGGAUGCUGCCCAACACCCAGGCAGGUUUGGUUGGUCCCGGCGCCCAGGUUUCAGCAGCAUCUGCUGCUGCCGGAGCACCACCCACGGCUGACCCUGAGAAGCGCAAGCUAAUCCAGCAGCAACUGGUACUCCUGCUUCAUGCACACAAGUGCCAGCGGCGGGAGCAGGCCAACGGGGAAGUCCGGCAGUGCAAUCUGCCCCACUGCCGCACUAUGAAGAACGUCCUCAACCACAUGACUCACUGCCAGGCUGGCAAGUCCUGUCAGGUUCCUCAUUGUGCAUCAUCAAGGCAGAUCAUCUCCCAUUGGAAGAACUGCACGCGGCAUGAUUGUCCUGUCUGCCUGCCACUGAAGAAUGCUGGAGACAAGAGGAACCCGCAGUGUGAGUCUCUACUCGGUGCAGCCGCUGCAGGUCUGGGCAGCUCUCUUGGGGCAGUACCCGGUGGCCAACCAAGUACUCCCAACCUCAACCCGCCGAGCCAGAUUGACCCCAGCUCCAUAGAAAGAGCCUACGCAGCCCUGGGCCUCACCUACCAGGGCAACCAGAUCCAGGCUCCGACUGCCCAGCCCAAUAUGUCCAACCAAGGUUUGCAAGGCCCGGCUGGCAUGAGGCCUCUGAACCCAAUGGGUGCGAAUCCUAUGGGAGUCAAUGGAGGUCUGGGAGCUUCCCCUCAGAGCCAGCAAGCCAGCCUGCUACAGGAUACCAUGAUGCACCUCAAUGUGAACAGCCAAGGUCUGUUGAAUGAUGCCAGUGGGGUCGGGUCCAUGCCCACAGCAGGCCCUCCCUCUUCCUCGGGCAUGAGAAAAAGCUGGCAUGAGGACAUCACGCAGGACCUACGGAACCACUUGGUACACAAACUUGUUCAGGCCAUCUUUCCGACUCCAGAUCCUGCUGCUCUCAAGGACCGCCGAAUGGAGAACCUGGUGGCCUAUGCCAGAAAGGUUGAGGGAGACAUGUAUGAGUCGGCCAACAGUAGAGCUGAGUACUAUCACCUGCUAGCGGAGAAGAUCUAUAAGAUUCAGAAGGAGUUGGAGGAGAAGAGGAGGACCCGGCUCCAGAAGCAGGGUCUGGGCCUUGGUCCUGCUGGCAUGGGCCAGCCCCCCACUGGACUGCCUCCAAACGGCCCCCUCCCUGACCCAUCAAUGGUGCGACCAGCUGGACCAAAUCAGAUGGUCAACAGGAUGCAAGGCCCAGGUAUGAAUCAGUUCAAUCAGAUGGGAAUGCAGUCUAUGGGCCAGAGGUCCACGCCCCCUCUCCCCAUUGGCGCAUCUGGGAACCAGAUGGCAAUGGUCGCUCCCAGGAUGGGGCAGCCUAAUGUCAACCAGUUGCAGAACCAGUAUCUGUCCCAGGGACAGUUUCCUGGCUCAGGAGUUGGGUCACCUCAGCCCGGGAUGGCCCAACCUGGAGCACAGACAGGCAUGGCACAGACGCAGAUGGGCACUCCUCCCUCUCUUCCAGUGGCUAGUCCUCUAGCACAGCCAGGUUCUGCCGGUGGACCCAGUGGCGUCUCUUCAGUGGGGCCCAUGGGUCCUCAGAGCGUGGGUAGCGGAGGUCCCAACUCAGCUGUUGGAGCCCCUGCUUCCUCGAUGACUCCACCUAACACAAGCCAGCAACCCAACUCCAUCCCCCACAUGCGUGGCUCACCCUCCCCUGCUCACAGUCGAUCUCCUACUCCUCACCAAACACCCCCCAGACUAGCUGGGUCCAAGACCCCACAGCCGCACACCCCGAAUGCAUCACAGCUGGGUCCACCUUCAGCCCCCCAGCAGAACCAGCUUGGCCAGGGCCCCGGCUCCAACAAGCCUCUCCAACAGCAGCACAUGGGGUCCUCUGGUUCGACCACUCCAUCUCACCCUGGGUUGGCUUCCAGUUCAACGCCGCAUGGUGCUCAGCUGCCACGCACUCCGUUGUCCCAAAAGGGUUCAUUUCCAACAGACAGUCAGGCCCAUACUCCAGCCUCUGUUAGCAGCCUGGACACUUCCUCCCAACAGCCACAGUCAAACGCUUCAACUACCAACCUCGACCCCAAAAUGGAGGUCAAACAGCAGGAUGACGAGGACGAGAGCGACACCGGCAGCUGCUCCAAAGGAGGAAAGCUCAGUAACAUCAAAACAGAGGAAAAGCCAGUGAAAUUAGAGUUCAAAAAGGAAGAGUGUUCUGGAGAGGGAGGUAAAGGUGUUCCCAUGGAUACAUCAACGACAAUGCCGACAGCGAGUAUCAAGAUGGAAGACAGGAAACCAGAGGUAAAGAAGGAGGUGAAGGAGGAAGAGGAGACGUCUGACUCGGCUUCAACACAGGCCCCAGUGAAAAAGAAGAUCUUCAAGCCAGAGGAGCUUCGUCAGGCCUUGAUGCCCACACUUGAAUCUCUCUACAGACAAGAUCCAGAGUCUCUGCCCUUCAGAAUGCCUGUAGACCCCCAACUGCUGUGCAUACCUGACUACUUUGAUAUUGUGAAGAAUCCCAUGGACUUGUCGACUAUCAAACGAAAGCUGGACACAGGUCAGUACCAGGAGCCCUGGCAGUAUGUGGAUGACAUCUGGCUGAUGUUCAACAACGCCUGGCUGUACAACCGCAAAACAUCCAGGGUCUACAAGUACUGCGCCAAACUGGCUGAGGUUUUUGAGCAGGAGAUUGAUCCUGUCAUGCAGAGCCUUGGCUACUGUUGUGGGAGGAAGCUGGAGUUCUCUCCUCAGACACUGUGCUGCUACGGAAAGCAGCUGUGCACUAUUCCCAGAGAUGCUGCUUACUUCAGCUACCAGAACAGGUACCACUUCUGUGAGAAGUGUUUCAACGAGAUCCAGGGAGAGACUGUUUCCUUGGGCGACGACCCCACCCAGCCACAGACAUCAAUAAACAAGGAACAGUUUGAGAAGAAGAAGAAUGACUCACUGGACCCUGAAUUGCUUGUUGAAUGUACAGACUGUGGGCGCAGGAUGCAUCAGAUCUGUGUCUUGCAUCAUGAAACAAUCUGGCCAUCGGGCUUUGUGUGUGAUGGCUGCUUAAAGAAGACAAACAAGACCAGGAAAGAGAACAAGUAUUCUGCCAAACGGUUACCCCAGACAAAGUUGGGCAGUUACUUGGAGAUGAGAGUGAAUGACUUCCUAAAGCGUCAGAGCCACACGGGCGCUGGAGAAGUCUCCAUUCGCGUCGUCCACGUCUCUGACAAAGUGGCAGAGGUCAAACCAGGCAUGAAGUCCAGAUUUGUGGACAGUGGAGAGAUGUCCGAGUCUUUUCCAUACAGGACAAAAGCCCUUUUUGCAUUUGAGGACAUUGACGGAGCAGACGUCUGCUUCUUUGGUAUGCAUGUUCAAGAGUACGGAUCCGACUGCCCUCAGCCCAACCAGAGGCGAGUAUACAUCUCCUACCUGGACAGUGUUCACUUCUUCCGGCCUCGCGGCCUAAGAACAGCAGUCUACCACGAAGUCCUCAUCGGCUACUUGGAAUAUGUCAGGAAGUUGGGCUACACCACUGGGCACAUCUGGGCAUGCCCACCAAGUGAAGGGGACGACUACAUCUUCCACUGUCACCCUGCAGAUCAGAAGAUCCCAAAACCCAAACGCCUCCAAGAGUGGUACAAGAGGAUGCUCGACAAAGCUGUGGCAGAGCGGAUAGUGCACGAUUACAAGGAUGUCUUCAAGCAGGCGACAGAGGAUCGUUUGACCAGUGCCAACGAGUUACCGUACUUUGAGGGAGACUUUUGGCCCAAUGUGUUGGAAGAGAGCAUCAAAGAGCUGGAGCAGGAGGAGGAGGAGAGGAAAAGGGAGGAGAACAGCACGUCCAAUGAGAGUAUUGAUGACACAAAAGGUGACAGUAAAAAUGCAAAGAAGAAGAACAACAAGAAGACGAGUAAGAACAAGAGCAGCCUGAGCCGAGCCAAUAAGAAGAAGCCAGGGAUGCCCAAUGUCUCCAAUGACCUUUCGCAGAAACUCUAUGCCACUAUGGAAAAACACAAAGAGGUGUUCUUUGUGAUCCGGCUGAUCGCAGCACCCAUGGCAAAUGCAUUGCCCCCUAUUUCAGACCCGGAUCCCCUGAUGGCAUGUGACCUCAUGGACGGCCGUGAUGCUUUCCUGACAUUGGCCCGUGACAAACACCUAGAGUUCAGCUCACUGAGGAGGUCCAUGUGGAGCUCCAUGUGCAUGUUGGUGGAGUUGCAUAAUCAAAGCCAGGACCGCUUCGUCUACACUUGUAAUGAGUGCAAGCACCACGUGGAGACUCGUUUCCACUGUACUGUCUGUGAGGAUUACGACCUCUGCAUCACAUGUUACAACACUAAGGGUCAUGUGCACAAGAUGGAGAAGUUAGGCCUUGGUUUAGAUGAUGAGAGCAGCAACCAGGCUGCCGCAACCACUCAGAGCCCUGGAGACUCUCGCCGUCUCAGCAUCCAGCGCUGCAUCCAGUCCCUCGUCCACGCCUGCCAGUGUCGAAACGCAAACUGCUCUCUGCCGUCCUGCCAGAAGAUGAAGCGCGUUGUUCAGCACACAAAAAGCUGCAAAAGAAAAACCAACGGUGGCUGCCCAAUCUGCAAGCAGCUUAUCGCCUUGUGUUGCUACCACGCUAAGCACUGUCAGGAGAACAAGUGCCCAGUUCCGUUCUGCCUGAACAUCAAGCACAAGCUCCGCCAGCAGCAGCUGCAGCAUAGACUCCAGCAAGCCCAGAUGCUACGAAGGAGGAUGGCCAGCAUGCAAAGAGUUGGCCAAACUGCUCCUGGAGGAGCUCCUGGGGGCAAUGGCCUGCCUUCUCCAGGAGCCAACAAUGGAGGAACUGCUCCUGGUACCCCUACAUCUAUCGGCACACAACCUCCUACUCCACAGACACCCACCCAGGUGAACAUGCCUAUCCUUCCUCAGCAGCAAGGAGUUGGGAUGGGAGGAAUGGGAACACCGGGCCAGCAGCAGCAAGUUCAGCAGCAAGUUGGUACCAUGCCUCAACACCAUCUGCAUCAGUUUCAGACGGUGGGUGGAGCAGGUGGAGGGGGGAUGAUGACCUCUCCUCAGCAGCAAAUGGUGCCUCAGCUCCAGCAGCAACCUCCCAAUAUCCAGCAGCAGCAGCAGCAGCAGCAGCAGCAGCACCCUGGUAAUUUGCCUCCAUACAACCCCAGACUGCCUGGGGCUUCUCCUCUCCAUCAGUCCAUGGGCAAGCCUGGCCUGGGUCCAGCCACUCCACCGCAGCAGCAACAACCAAACCAGGGGCAGGGGUCCAUGCCUGUUCAAGGCCAGCAGCAAGGGCCCCCUCUGGCUGCUGUAGAGACGGCCCUAAAAAUCCAGCGCCUGGCAGAGACCCAGAGGCAGAUGGCUCAGGUCCAGGCUCAAGCCCAGAUACGUGGCUUGGGACAGGGAGGCAUGAUACCCCCACAUCCCCACCACCAGAACACCCAGGCCCAGAUGGGCAUGCCCCACAUUGGGGCCCAGGGCAUACCCCCCCAGGUUCAAGGAGUUGUUGGCAGGACUAUGUUAGACCCACAGCAACAGGGAAUGCUGGCUGGAAUGCAGCAAGGUGGCCCUCAGUCGCAGUUGCCACCUCAAGUUCAGCAGCAGCUCCAGCAAGUCCAGCAGGGAGGUGUUGGACAACUUCAGCAAGCAAACCAGCAGUGGGGUGCUAGUGGUCCAGCCAUGAACCAACAACAAAGGCCAGGCAUUUUGGGUCAUAUGGCACCGCAGCCAGCAGUUGUUCAGCAGCAGCAAAUGAAUCAGCAGCAGCCGCAACCAGGAAACCGCGGGCUGAUGCAAGUAAUGGGUGUAUCAGGAGGGGCAGCAGGGGCACCUAAUUCAAUAGCAGCUGCAGCUGCAUCAGGAAAUCUUCCCCAGGCAGCACUACAAGACCUCCUGAGAACACUGCGCUCUCCAAGCUCACCCCUUCAACAGCAGCAAGUCCUCAACAUCCUUCGUUCCAACCCAACCCUUAUGGCUGCUUUUAUCAGACAGAGAGCAGCCAGAUAUCAAGGUGGUCAGGGUGGCCCAGGAGGAGCAGGAGGGCUGCCACAAGGGGGCCCUGGAGGUGUGAGGUUCCAAGGGGCUGCUGGAGUACUGCCUGGUGUAGGAGGGCCUGGGGCUAACCAACUUGCUAACAUGGAUGGACAACAGCAGGUUAAUGUGAGUCAGCCAGGGAUGAACAUGGCUCAAGGUGGAGCAGGGGGAGGGAAUAUGCCCACUAUGGCCCAGCUUCAGCAGUUGCAACAGCAGCAGCAGCAGCAGCAACAACAACAACUGCAACAACAACAACAACAGCGGCCAAUGUUGCCUGGCAAUCUACAGCAACAGCAAAUGGCUGCAUUGCAGCAGCAGCAGCAGCAGCAGCAGCAGGGAGCAUUGCAAGCAGGACAACAAGGCAACAUUAACAAUAUGACGCCGCAGUUCAGAGAGCUGUUGAUGAGAAGACACCUGCAGCAGCAGCAGCAACGACAGCAGCAACAACAACAACAGAUGGGAAACCACGGGCAGUUCCAGCAAACUCAAGGACUCCAGCAGCAGCAAGGCCAGCAAGGUUUUAUCCAGCCUGGCCAAGGACAGCCAGGGAUAGCCCCCGCUUCCCAACCCCAACCUGGAGGUGGAGGGGGUCCCCAGCAGCAGCAGCAAGGAGGACCACAGAGUGGGCCAGGACCGCUAGUCCAGCAGCAAGGCUACUCCAACUCAAUGUCACAAGUAGCUGCAGCGCUCCAUCAAAGGCUCCAGCAUCAGAUGCAGAUGCAGCAGCAGCAGCAGCAACAGCAGCAAAAUUCAAUGAGUGGGCUUCAAGGACAAGAGGGAGGGCCAGGUGGAGGCACGGGAGGACCAGGAGGGCCUCCGCUCCAGCCUGGACAAGGCGGACCAGGGCAGGGGCAACAACAACAAGGUGGUGGAGGUGGAGGGCCCCCACUGCCACAGACGUCCCAAGGCAUGCUUCACCAGAACAUCCACCAGAGGCUCUUGCAGCAGCAGCAGCAGCAGCAGCAGCAGCAGCAUCUUGGUGGGGGCUCUCCAGCCCAGCACAGCAAUCCCAUGAGUCCCCAACAGCAGAUGGUGCAGUCCCCCCACCCCCACCUACAAGGACAAGGAGGACUUGGUCCAUCAGGGUCGCUCAGCAGUCAGGUCAGGUCGCCUCAACCUUCGCCGCGGCCGCAGUCACAGCCGCCGCACUCCAGCCCAUCCCCACGCAUGCAGCCCUCCCAAACUCAGCCCUCACCUCACCGGAUCUCCCCGCAGACCCAGACUGGCUCACCCCAUCCAGGCCAUCUAAGUCAACAUCCCCCAAGUAUGGCUCCACCCCAGCCUCCACAACCCCAACAGCAAGGGUUAUCUCAGCAGCAGCCGGGUAGUUCUGUAGAUCCUGGUCAGUUCAGCUCAGACCAGAACUCCAUCAUGUCCCAGCUGAGUGGGAUGACAGGGAUGCAUAGUGGGCAGGGGGCACAGUCGGACAUGUUGGGUGGGAAUAAUAACAGCAGCAACAACAACAACAACAACCAGGAGCUUGGAACGAACAUUAACCAUAACAGUUUAGACCAUAUGUAGCCUUGACUCCAUACUGUCUCUCUGUCUUGAUGCUCUGAUCAGUUGCCCCAGAUGACAAACUGCCAUGAAAGGAGUGAGGCAGGACUACUGCUUUGGGGUUUUAGAAGUUUUUAUUUUUUAUUUAAAUAUUUUUGUGAUGUAUAAAUAAGAACUGAAGCUUCCUUCCUAUGGGAGAUGCAACAUAAAUCUUAGAAGUCAAUAAAUGAAUAAAUUAAAACAAUGGUAAGUUAUUGCUGUUAAUAUAUAUCUAUAUAUUUUUGCCAAUUGUGUACAAAAAAGGUGGAAGGGCAGUGUUUCAGGUUGAAGAUAUUUCUUCAUUGGUCUAUGAAACAAUAUUUUUGGGGACUGAGAAUUUUGCCUUUUUAUGAAUAUUUUUAAGAUUUUAAAUGUGGCUAAAAAUUAAAGUUGACACAAUGUACUUUUUUUAUGUUUUGUUUUCCUCAAAUACCACCAUGUCAUAAUUGUAUCUAUAUUGCAGAGAGUAAGUAUAUUUUAUUUCUGAAUUUAUUUGUAUUUUUUUGUUUUUCCUUCCUUAAUGGAUCAUCACACAAGCAUCAACAUAUCUUCUGUUACAGGAAUGUUUUUCACCUAACUAGGAAAGCUGUCAAAAUCAAACUAUAUAUAACCCUAACCCAAUAUAGUUUGAUUUUGACAGCUUUCCUAGUUAGGUGAGUUGUGUUUUUUUGGGGGGGGACCGGGUUUAUAGGUUGGAAUUAAACCUCAACAGUGUUUUGGGGAGUGGGUGACACUGACGGUGGGUUUGGUCGGGAUUUUUUUUCCCCCCCAAAAAAAUGGCCAGAUCCGCAGAACAAAACCUUGCACCCAUGGGCCACCUCUCCACCCUCCAUGUCCUAUGAAUGUGCUCACCUUAUCCCGAUUUCCCUCCCCCCGGACAAACUGUUGAUGUCCAAUCGCCUCGCUGUUAGAGGCGUAUUGUGCCCCUGUUUGAAGCUGGCCGAUAUUAAAAGGUUGCCUGUGUACAUAUAUUACAACCUUGUUUAUUAACUGUGACGUUGAGAAGAGUGUGUUUUGGGCUGCAGAGGUUUAAGAACACCCUGCCUGUAUCCUCAACGGUUCCCUUUGAGUACUUUUCUCUUCUGCUUUUGUUCCUCAUCCUCAUGGCUGCCCCUCAACCACAAGAUUUAAUUCAAUGUUAGUACUGUACAAAGUAAGAAAUGGUGGACUUAGAUACUGUUUUUGUAAUGAAAGUAAAAUAUGUAUAAAAAAAAAAAAACUGUACAUACUUUAAAACCUUAUGAGCAGAUACAUUAUUUUCUGCUGCUUGUUUCCCCUCUUGUUUGAUUGGAUAUUUGCUGUAUCUGUAAAAAAUAAGAAAAAAAAAAACUACAAAAGUACUUCUGAGCUACUGUACAGUAUUGAGAUUCUUUUCUAAAAGGUACAGUGUAGGGUGUAGUAGGUCACAAGCACCAAUGCGCCUUUUCUGUGUAUUUUUGACAAGGUUUUAGGGAGGGAGGGGUUAUUGCAACAAGUCACACACCUGAACAAUCUCAAAACUUAGAUGUGAACCUGCACGAUGUUAGAGCCGAGACGGGUUGAUUUAGAGGUGUGAUCUGAAAGUUUAAAUUUGGUCAUUUAGCUUUUUAUGGAGAGGACUGAAGACACAAUUCACAUGCUCACUAUUUUUCUCAAAAGGUUGGGCUUGGUGGGUAUGGGGGAGGGGACGCAUCAGAACCAGGUGGCAAUAUAUCUUGAGACUUAUUUUAUAAGAAAAAAAACAAGGAAAAACUGUCUUUUAUAUAUAGAUAUAUUAUUUAAUUUUAUUUUUUGGAAAUAAAACUUGAAGCUACAGGAAUUAUUAGAUAAAACAUGUUUUGUUUUGUAUUAAAGAUGUUAUGGUGAUGCAAAAAGACACUGCAGACGGUCAUUCAGUUUGCGCGGGGGGAGGCCGUGGAGUAUAUUAUACCAUCCUUUUUCAGAAGUGUUUCAUGUACAUGAAUAUAGUUGUAAACAUACUGAAUCACUGUACAAACUGAUGGCAACUGAACAAAUAGUUUUGUUUUAAUCAUUUCUUCUCCUAAAAAGAGACUGGAAAUAAGACUAUUUAAAUAUUUGUUUAAUAUUCAAAUGGAAUCUUUGACCACUUUUUCGUUCCUCUUAACAAUUAUUGGUGCUUGCUGAGAGAAGGCAAAAAUAACUAUUGCUCCAUUUUCAUUAGUUUCUUUUUUUUAAGUUAUUUUGGUGGUCUGAUUGUUUUUUUGCCAAUAAAUUAAUUGUACAAUAAAGUAUGUUUGUACCAUUGGAAAAAUA